AUGAUACAUGUCAAUAAGACUGCAAUCAGGGUCAUUGCAAUUUCCAUUGUCCUAUUCACAAGUGUGUAUCUGUUUACACAAUCAUUCUACUAUCAAAAUCAUUUCAGAAACAACAGCCAUCAGGACAUCAUUACGAAGCCAUCGACAUCAUCCAGCACAAACGACGCACCACAGCGCAUAAGCUUCCCAGACGAUUAUUUCCAUUACGGCUCCUUUUAUCAGCAUGAAAAUCCAGAGAAAUUGACAUACCCACACAACAGAUUCAAGGCUGCUUUCAUCACAUUUGUAAAGAACGAUAAGGCUUCGCUAUCAAAGCUUCGUUUCACUGUUCGCAAUCUCGAGGAUCAAUUUAAUAAGCACCAUCACUACCCUUAUAUCAUCUUUACUGAUCAGGAUUUGGAUGACGAGUUUAGAGAGUUGGCAAGCUCUUUGGCCGGUGAAGCUACUAUGAGAUUUGAGAAAGUUGGAAGCGACUUGUACGGCUACGAACCCACUACUGAUCUCAAGAAGGCAGAAGAGGCUCGCAUUGCUCUGAAUAACACCAUGUUUGGUGAUAGUGAAGACUAUCGGUUUCAAUCGAGAUUUAUGGCAGGCACUAUUUACAGACAUCCUCUCAUGCAAGAACUAGACUAUACUUGGAGAUUUGAAGCUGGAACAGAGUAUAUUUGCCCCAUGGAAGAGGAUCCAUUCCAGUUUAUGUUUGAAAACAAAAAGACGACAUCGUUUUCAAUGGCAUUAUACGAAUACAGAGAAACGAUCCCGACAUUAUUUCAAACUGUGUUGGAUUACGCCUCCAAGCACUCUUACUGGAUUCAACCAUCAGGCGAUCCAAAAACCUUGUGGCAUUUUGUUUUGGAUGAAAACAACAUGUUCAAUGGGUGCCAUUUGUGGAAUAAUUUUCAGAUUGCGGAUGUGAGCUUUUAUAGAGGAGAGAAAUAUCAAUCCUUCUUCAACUAUCUGGAUACAUCAAACGGCAUUUUCUACGAAAGAUGGGGAGAUCCAGUGAUUCAAUCGUUAGGCGCAACAUUGUUCCUCACCAAAGACGACAUUCAUUUCUGGGACAAUGUCGGUUACCGUGUUGCGAAUUACUUUACCCACUGUCCCAGCGAAAAGUCAUUGUACUCGAGAUGUACAUGCCGACCAGAAGAAAACUUUGAUUUCAAUGGAUACAGUUGUUUGAAAUUUUAUUAA